AUGCAAGCGAGUGAACUGCGCGAAGUCUCCCUUGCCCUGCGCGCUGCCCGCCGCAGUCAAACCCCAAUCGAAACACCCACAAAGACAUGGCCCGCCCUCGAUGCCGAGGGGGGCUUCGAAGUUCAGCGGAUCACGGCUGAGGAAGCCAUUAAAAGCGGCGAUCGAUUGGUCGGAUAUAAAUUAGGAAACAUUGCCAAGGUGAUGCAGGAUGCGUUCGGACUUGACCAUCCGGACUACGGAUUCUUGCUGGCCAGUACAUUUGUAUAUGAGGGAACAACCCUCGAUCGGAAGCAGUAUAUUAAACCGUUCGUGGAGUUAGAGCCGGCCUUUGUGCUUCGCGGACCUCUGCGCGGGCCAAACUGCACCGUUGCCGACGUCAUAAAUGCGGUGGAUUAUGCCAUUCCCGCUAUCGAAAUUAUUGAUUCCCGUGUGAAGGAUUGGGCGAUCGAUCUCCCGGAUACCUUGGCUGAUAACGGUUCAACUGGCGCAGUGAUUCUGGGUGGUACUCCACGGAAGCUUACUGAGUUAACCUUGCGCGACACCCGGGGCACAUUACGUUUUAAUGAUCGAGAGGUUAUGUCCGGCAACACCGCAAACAUCCUCGGAAAUCCCCUUUCUGCUACGGCGUGGUUGGUCAAUCGACUGGCUGCCUAUGAUAUCGAGUUCAAGCCAGGCCAAGUGGUUUUGCCGGGUAGUUGCUUACAGGCCGUCCCCAUGGAGGAAGCGGGCCAUUGGACUUGCACGUUUGAGGGCUGGGGCACUGUCGAAUUUGACGUGGUAUAA